ACUGAUAGUGUAUUGUUGUUGAAGAUGUCAGAAGCAUGUAAAUAGGUUAUUGCAUACAGAUUGAAAGUUCAGCUUUGGUCAGAUCUUCAUGUGUUAUACCACUCAUAAAUGGAAUGUGUUUACUGGCAUGGCGGCGUGAGACCGUGGAUGAGGAUGGCGAUGAUGCCAGGAAUCGUCUCUCCACCGACACUUGUUUAUAGUGAAGAUCGCCCUUCAAACACUGACAGAGGUGUAUAACUUUGUACAUUCUUCAAAUAUGCGGUCUCUCCGCUUCACAGAGGUUGUCAAACUUACCUCGGCCAAGCGAGAAAAGCUUGUUCCCCUGUGCCCCACCAGAUGGAUUGAGAGGCAUGACGCAGUGCUGGUUUUCAUUGAAUUUCUGCCUGUCAUCGCAGUUUUUCUCGAGGAAGAACAUGACGCCACCGCUGGACUCCUUCUCAUCGCCAUACGUGAUCCCCGCUUUCUUGUUGGACUGGUUGUAGCUGAGUGUAUAUUGGCACAUACUCUCGAGCCGAGCCGAGCUCUUCAAAGAAAAGAUGGCGACCUGGUGUCAGCUUAUGUCACGAUUCGCAGCAUUGAGACCAUUUUUUCCAAGUUUAGAGCUGAUGCAGAGAAUCAUUUCCACGAUGUAUUUAUGAAAGCGGAAGAGCUUUUGGUGGAGGUGGGGUCAUCACAUAACACCAUCCCUGUGCCACGACUCUGUGGACGACAGACCCAGCGAUCAAAUGUUCCAUGCGAGAGUGCUGAGGAGUACUACCGCCGGGCGGUGUACAUUCCAUUUGUGGAUCACGUCUUGGCUGAGUUGAAGAGUCGGUUCGGCGACGACACAGUACCUGUCGCACUUCAGCUCAAGCAACUCUUCAAAGGCCCCGAAAUGGAUGUUGCGGCUGUGCUUGAAGCGGCGAAGCUCUACGAGCUAGACGUCGAAUCACUGACACUCGUGAAGGCGGAAGCAGAGCGCUGGGUACUAUCUGCUCCGGUCUUCCAAACUGUAAAAGAAGCCCAGGCACACGCCGAAACCAACAUGUUCCCCAAUAUUGCAGUUCUUUUAAAAACAUUGUUGACGCUCCCAGUCUCCAACGCGGAAGCCGAGAGGUCGUUCUCAGCACUGAAAAGACUGAAAACCUACCUGAGGAGUACCGUCGGCCAAGAGCGCCUGAACGGACUUGCACUCCUCGGUGUUCACAAUUAUAUCCCUAUCCCCGUUGAGAGAGUGAUCAGCAAAUUCUGCGAAAAAAACCGCCGACUACUCCUUGCUUAAGCAGGCAGUGGCACUUGUUGGGUGAACACUUGUAAAUUUGUAAAUUUGUAAAUAUACUGUAUUUCAUUAGAUCAACAAAUCUUUGCAAACCCAAACCCAUGAUAAAGAAACCAUAUAAGAAUUCCUUAUAUAUAACCUUCAUUAUGUAUAAAGAAACCAUAUAAGAAUUCCUUAUAUAUAACCUUCAUUAUGUAUAAAGAAGUCAUAUAAGAAUUCCUUUUAUAUAACAUGUAUUAUGUGAUCAUCCAAUUGCUGCUUACAUAUGAAAUCAACAUUUAAUUUUCUUCGAAUAUUCAUAUGGUGACAAUUUCUACCUGUUCAGAUUUGCCUUUUCACUGGUCGAAUGUGCAAUUUCAAUUGUUUUUUUGUAAUUGCUUGCCACCUUAAAUAUUGAUUACAUAUCAUAUGUAGAUAGGAGAAACAUAAUUUGUCACAUACAUACGUUGACUG